AUGGAACACCAAGACAAUGCGAGCAACGCCGUCAGAGUCUCAACCGAGUCCACCCGACCAGCUCAAGAUGCCCUGUUCGACUACCUCCCGUCCUCGCAGGAGGAAUACGCAAUCGUAGAGAAGAGGCUGAUACGCAGAAUCGACUGGACGUUGAUGCCGGUCAUGAUUUCCAUGAUUGUCUUAAACUAUCUCGAUCGCAACGCCCUGCCCAAUGCGCGCAUCCAAGGAAUUGAAAAGGAUCUAAAUCUACAAGGCAACCAAUUCAACAUUUGCAUAUCCGUUCUCUUCGCGGGUUAUCUGGCGCUUCAAAUACCAUCCAACCUCAUCCUCACCAGAGUCAAGCCAAGCAUCUAUCUGCCAACAUGCAUGGCCCUCUGGGGCACAGUCUCAGCAUCCACAGCCGCAGUACACGACUUCAAAGGACUUGUCAUAUGUCGCUUCUUCUUGGGAUUCCUGGAGGCCCCAUUCUUCCCUGGCGCGCUCUUCUUACUAUCCGCGUGGUACACGCCGCGGGAGCUGGCGACACGAACAGCCGUCAUGUACACGGGAAGCUUGCUAUCCAGCGCUUUUGGCGGACUCAUCGGAGCUGGUGUACAAUACGGCCUUGAUGGCGCCCGCGGAAUGCACGCCUGGCAAUGGAUGUUUGUGAUUGAAGGUGCUGUGACGGUGGUAGUCUCGCUGGCUUCGAUUGCCAUCUUGCCAGAUUUCCCGGCCACCACGUCCUGGCUGUCUAAUGAGGAGAAGGCCGUUGCGAUUCAUAGACUGCGCGUCCAUAGCGGCAGUGUCGAUGAAGAGAAGGGCUCUGUGCUUCAGGGCCUCAGGAUGGCGCUGUUGGACUACAAGGUCUGGCUGCUGACGUUGAUUGUCAUUCUCAAGACGUCCGCGGGCGCUGUCACGGCAUUCAUCCCUACGUUGGUUGCUACAUUUAAAUUCGGCAAGAUUGAGUCGCUGCUCAUGACGGCCCCGCCGUAUGUGUUUGCCGCGAUUGUGGCCAUGGUGGUGUCCAUAUCGAGUGAUAAGUUGGAGGAGCGGUAUUGGCAUCUCGUUGGUCCGUUGGUGUUUGGCAUGAUAGGCUUCAUCAUUGCAGCUUGUACGCAUUCACUUGCGCCGAGAUAUUUCGCUCUGUUUCUCAUGCUGGGUGGUGUGUAUGGGUGCUUCGAUAUUACGUAUGCUUGGCUGUCAUCAACUUUACCUCGGCCGUUGGAAAAGCGCUCAGCAGCAUUCGCCAUUGCCAACAUGGUCGGCAAUAUCGCCCAAGUUUACUCACCGUACUUGUACGACAAGUCCUCAGGACCACAAUACCUGCCCGCCAUGAUUGCCAAUAGCGCCUUUGUGUUUGGAUCCAUUGCGGCAGCUACAGCUUUGCUAUACUGCUUGAAGUGGGAGAACCGCAAACUGGACGAGGCUGAAGCCAUGAUCGAACAGCAGGAGGAUGAUGCUCCCGCCAAGAACGUCAGCAUUGUGGAGUCGAGAUUUGAAGGAACUGUCAAAUUAAACAGGGGUUUCAGAUAUAUACUCUAG